CCUUUGGAAAGCGUCCAAACAAGCACUAUAUUUUAAAAUAACCACUCCGCCUAUUAAAAAAUCUGAUAGGAGUUUCACUGUGUCUGACACAGAGAAAGCAGAACUUUUUAAAAAUCACCUCUUUAAUGUUUUUCAACCUCACCAAGAUAUUUUAUCUGUCAACUCUGAUACGAUUCUUAGUGGUCUUGAUAUGCCUCUACCUCUAUCUUCCUCAAUUAAACAUUUUUCACCGAGCGAUAUCAAAUUUGCAAUUCAAAAGCAUACUCAUAGGAAGUCUCCGGGUUUUGACCUAAUAACGGCUGAGGAAGCCAGAUGCCUUCCUAAACGCGCAACCGUAUUACUAACUCAUAUAUAUAACGCCAUACUCAGAUUGUCAUACUUCCCACUUUUAUGGAAGUUCUCCAAAAUCGUACUUUUCCCAAAACCAAACAAGCCCCCUGACCUG